UUUUAUUCAAACGAGCUCAUCCGGUGCUAUAAAACUGGCCACGAGUUGGUACUGUACGCGAGAGUCCAUCUUGGAAAGCGGCUUUUCAGCGCCAAUAUUUUACAGUGAUCAAAAGAGACUAAAAUGGCCGACGCAGAGCAGCAGUUUAUGGAGACCUCCGAGAACGGGAACGAGGAGGAUGUGAACGGAGCGGAGCUCGCGGAAGGGGCCGCGGUGGAGGAUGAGGAGAACGGUGAUGGAGGACAGAUCGACGCCAGCAAGGGAGAGGAAGAUGCUGGUAAAAUGUUUGUUGGAGGACUCAGCUGGGACACCAGUAAGAAAGAUCUAAAGGAUUACUUCUCAAAGUUCGGCGAGGUGACAGACUGCACCAUAAAGAUGGAUUCAAACACCGGCCGGUCACGAGGGUUUGGAUUCAUCUUGUUCAAAGAAGCAGAAAGUGUGGAUAAGGUGCUACAGCAAAAGGAACACAGACUAGAUGGCCGACAGAUCGAUCCCAAGAAAGCCAUGGCCAUGAAGAAAGAGCCGGUCAAGAAAAUAUUUGUUGGUGGCCUUAACCCUGAAACUGCAGAAGAGAAGAUCCGUGAAUACUUUGGGGCCUUUGGAGAGAUGGAAAAUAUUGAACUUCCAACGGAUCCAAAAACAAACAAAAGGAGAGGUUUUGUCUUCAUCACCUUCAAGGAAGAAUCUGCUGUCAAAAAGAUAGUUGAGAAGAAAUACCAUAACGUUAGCGGAAGCAAGGUAACGAAUGGAGAGGAAGACCUUUGCGAGAUCAAAAUCGCCCAGCCCAAGGAGAUCUACCAGCAGCAGCAGUACGGUGCCCGCGGAGGAUUCGGAGGUGGUCGCGGCAGGGGUCGUGGGGGCCAAAACCAGAACUGGAACCAGGGAUAUAACAGCUACUGGAACCAGGGCUAUGGGAACCAAGGCUAUGGCGGUUACGGUGGCCAGCAGGGAUAUGGUGGUUACGGUGGCUAUGGCAGCUACGACUAUUCCUCUCCAUAUUAUGGAUAUGGUGGUGGUUAUGACUACAGCCAAGGCAGCGCGAGUUACGGAAAGACACCGAGACGCGGCCACCAGAGUAGCUACAAACCAUACUGAUCACAUGCAGAACAGACUGACGUAUUCCCAAAAACCAUGAGUCUGACGGUGACGCCGACAACAGUUCACACACACAUGCAGACUCUUUCCUUUAACCGGACAAGAUCAUGACCCAUUUGUACAGAACCGAUGAAUAGGGGAAGCAAAGUCACACUUCCACAUUUUUAUUUUAAUUUUAUUUUCCUUUUGUCCACAUUUCCAGAAAUGGAAGUGUUAUUUUUACUGUACUUUUUGGUACCUUUUUUGAAUAAUGUAUUGUAUGGUUGUAUUUUACAUGUCUACUGGAUUUGCCACAUGAGGUUCGGGAGCUGCCAGAGCUUUUGAAAUAAAACAAUUUUGAGUACAUUUUUCUCAAUGUUUCCAGAUGCUUACUAUGCUUAUCCUGUUGCGUAGUGUUGGAGAGAGUCUUUUAAAAACCAGAGUCUAGUGAAUGUCAGCGUUUUUGGGUAAUGUCUAAUAGUGACUGGAAGUUUUUCCACUUUUGUUAGCUUUGAUUUUAAAACUGUUUUUGAUUUGCCUUUUCAGUUAUAUUGCUUACGUUUGUCAAUUAGUAUAUUUGCCAGCGGCCAUAGUCGCAUUGCUCCUAUAGUGUUUUUGGUAAAAAUAAAUGACUUGUAAGUUUU